UGAGCUUUCAGUCGGCUAAUUACCGCAAAGUCCGGCGGGCACAGGGCUACGGCACUUUGACCUGUACACGCAUCAUGUCUCAUUACUGACGACCUCUGGGUACACUCGUCACCUCCUUUUCAUGGUCCUCGACUUCUGCAAGGAGGAUUACUGUUUUCACAGCAUUCCCUCUGUAAUAGACUAUAGAAACGCAUUCUAUUUAUCAUAACGAAUGGAUCGUCCACUGGCAACCGACGGGCACAAUGACGGUCCUCUUAUGCAAUCUUUAAUCUCUCAACAGACCGAACUAUUCGGCGAAACAGUCCUCGAAAAUGAACAACUGCACGGUCGGGUUCAAGAGCUUGAAAGAGAAGUGGCUGUUUGGAAGCAGGGAUAUAUCAAUGCAGAAAAUCAAACAAACUUGCUGCAGAAGGAGGUGGUCCACUUACGACAGAUGACUGAAUCAUUAAAGGAAGAUAAUCCUUUAAUCCUUGCGCUCGUGGAUGGUGACGGAAAUAUUUUUUCCGAAGAACUGCUUCGUCAAGGACAGGCCGGAGGACGAAACGCGGCUAUGAUGCUCACGAAAGGUCUAACUGAUUAUACAGCGGCCGUUGAUGCACGUAUAUCUGCCCGCUCCAGAGUGUGGCUCACCGUAUACUGUAACAAGCAAGGCCUAUCCGAUACAUUAGUCGCCAACGACGUUUGCACAUCAGAGCAAUUUGAAGCAUUUUUCCUGGGAUUUAACCAGGCGGCUCCUUUGUUUUCGAUAAUUGACGUGGGCACCGGAAAAGAAGCAGCGGACACAAAAAUAAAAGAGCACUUGCGUCUCUUCACUCGCUUUCCACAAACAUUCCUAAUAUAUUUUGGCGGAGCCCAUGACAAUGGCUACACCUCGACUUUAACUUCACUGCAAAAUGAGGGUCUUCUCGGCAAAAUUGUUCUCCUUAGAGGCUACAAAGAGCUAGCCGUAGAACUGAAACACCUGCAGCUCCCUGUUGUGGAAGUAGGCGGUGUUUUUAGAUCAACAAAACUUCCAGGUCACGUCAGGCAUGGUUCGCAAAAGCCUGUCGGGUAUGUCAGCGCGCCCGAGUCAAAAACCAACGGGGCAAAGGCAACAGGACCACCAAAAUACCUCAACCCAAAUCUGAUUGUGACCUUUCUUUCUGUAGAUAAACCGCCGCCGUGUACGUUUUACUACUUAGGCACCUGCAGGCAUGGUCCUAAGUGUACUUUCGGGCACGAUUACACCUUAACUCAGAAGAAUCUCAUUGAGAUGCGAGAGAAUUCCAAGAAGUUUCCUUGUGCAAUUUUGAACAAAGGGAAAGUAUGCCCUUCGGGAGACGACUGUAUCUCUGGUCACUUUUGUCCCCGUGGAAACACCUGUUCUUUGUUCAAAGAAGGCAAAUGCAAAUUUGUCGGAAAGAACAUGCAUUCAAAACCUAAAUCAUCAAAGCCCUCUGCUCCUUCGAGCGUGGUGGAUCCAGCUGAUGAUACUUUGUCCCAGAAUGGCAUUGGUACAAUGUCAGAUAUUGAUUACAGCUCUUCAGGCUCCAGCCAUCCUCAUGAUUCCUAAUUUGUUAUAGUUAAUAAAAUCCUUGUCAAACUGUAUUUCUGUGGGAGAUACAUUAUUGUCUAUAUCCGAGA